UGAGAGCCGAUAGGCCAAAUGAGAUUGGAAAGAAGGGAAAGAAACAAAAGCCUCACGUUUUUGGAAUUUGGAUCCGCGAGCUGCACGUAAUCAGGAAAUGAAUAUCUCCUAUGACCCCAACUAAUUUCAUGGCGAUUCCGACGUUUCCCUCUGGCUCGAUCUUAUCGAACCUCGCCUCUACCUCCACAUUCUUCCCAAUAGCUCCCUCUCUUCUCUUCACUCCACAUAUUGACCAAAACCCUAAAUCGGAGUGAUUCGACUCACUCAACGCGCGCGCUCACAAACAGAGAAGUGUUGUCCUCUGGCCAUGCGACUCUGGUUCUCUGCAAUCUCCCUCUCCAAAGAGGACUUCUUGAAUUUUGUUCAAAUCUCCGCUUUCAAACUGCUUGAUUGUACGAAUUCUACAAGAAAUGUCCACCGAUUCUCACGCCCCUAAUCCCAGGGGUGUUCUCUGCAAUGCCGGCGCAGGGGCAGCUGCCGGAGUUAUUGCUGCAACAUUUGUGUGUCCCUUAGAUGUCAUCAAGACUAGAUUUCAGGUUCAUGGGCUUCCGAAGCUCGAUAAUGGAAGUAUUAAAGGAAGUCUCAUAGUGGGUAGUUUGGAACAAAUAUUCCAGAAGGAAGGGCUACGUGGCAUGUACCGGGGCCUUGGUCCUACCGUGCUCGCAUUGCUUCCCAAUUGGGCAGUUUAUUUUUCAAUAUAUGAGCAGCUCAAAAGCCUUCUUUCUUCCAAUGAUGAGAAUCAUCUUUCAAUAGGUGCAAAUAUGAUAGCUGCUUCUGGUGCGGGUGCUACAACAACUAUUUUCACAAAUCCUCUUUGGGUUGUAAAGACAAGACUUCAAACCCAAGGAAUGAGAGCAGGUGUGGUUCCAUACAGGAGUACGCUGUCUGCUUUGAGGAGAAUAGCUCAUGAAGAGGGUAUUCGUGGGUUAUACAGUGGUCUUGUGCCUGCAUUGGCUGGCAUCAGUCACGUUGCCAUUCAAUUUCCAAUAUAUGAGAAGAUCAAAUUUUAUUUGGCCAAUCAAGAUAAUACUACAAUGGAUAAACUAAGUGCACGUGAUGUUGCGGUUGCCUCCUCAGUCUCAAAAAUAUUUGCUUCCACAUUGACAUAUCCACAUGAGGUGGUACGCUCAAGGCUUCAAGAACAGGGCCACCAUUCUGAGAAGCGUUACUCUGGCGUAGUUGAUUGUAUAAAGAAAGUAUUUCAGCGUGAUGGUUUUCGUGGUUUUUACCGUGGGUGUGCUACCAACCUUCUUAGGACCACCCCUGCUGCUGUUAUUACAUUCACUAGCUUUGAGAUGAUUCACCGGUUUCUUGUUACUCUUUUCCCCCCUGACCCACAUCCUCACACAUUGUGAAAGUGGAUUGAUUCGAGAACGUUUACGUGGAUAGACCAACUUGCAUCACCAUGGACAACUAAGUGGAAGAAUUGCUGAGGUUAGGUUGACAUUGUCUCGGUGAUGAUACGUUUCUGGAUUGCUUGUGUUAUGUAUUUAUUUCAGGUAGUUUUUGUAGCAACAGUGACGGAUAUUAAAGCUACAUCAUCCCCGCAUAGAACUUCUGCACUUAAAAGUGACUGAAGGGGAAGGAAAUUUAUAUUGUACUGAUAGUGAUAAUGACGACAGCAAGGGUACUUUGUGCUUGUGGACAAAUAUUCGAACAUUUUUUCUGUGAUGACUUCUGAAUAAAUUUUAUGAGAAAUUUUUUACUUUCAA